AGUUGUAGAGCGUCUCUGGUUUGCCUCAUGUUGUUUCUUUGCGUUGCUGCAGUCGACGAUGCAGGCAUGUACCGACAUGGAUCCUUCCUUGUUCUCGGGGUAUGGGCAGGAGCCGGGCUGCCCGCUGGGUUGGCUACCCGCGAAACUGGACACAGUAUUUAUCACGGGGAGGAUGAUAAUGUCACUGUUUGCACGUGCGUAGAGAUCAUGGGUGAAAAUAGGCAGCGUGCUGGAUAAUCUGAAGAAGCACCUGUCGUAUCUAUCAAAACGGCCGAUCUGGUAUUUUCUGGACAAACGAACAAGUUGACACUCAUUUGCGAGGGGGCGCAUGUUCCGGACAGCAGUAAGAAUGGAACAGACAAAGUGUGUCAUCGUGGUGCAGAUAUUGAUAAAUGCACAGAAGGCGCUUCGAUACCCGAACGUGUCAAUUAGCAUCCAGCAGCUGCUUACCGGAGAAAAGCCUGAAUCAGUUUAAUGGCUCUCAAACCCAGACCACGAUAACACCAAGUCAUAUUCCCUAACAAUUCCUGGUAACAUUCUUCUUCUCACCGACAAGGCCUUCUCCGUCGGAUGCUUGAACAAGGACAGCACUUCGAAAGCGGCAUGUAAAGUGAUAGUUACUCUGGACAUGGUGUCACAGACAAUCAGAAACACCAUCGUAUGUGCUAACGGAGCUAACAGCAACGCCUGUCGACAGCAAGUGACCCUGUCGCCCACACAAAACAGCCUGAUUCUCAUUUGUGGCAAGGACAGCGCCACCCUGCCUACAAAAUACCAAAAGAACUUCUGUCCCACAGGCACAGAGGCUGAAGCAUCUUGUGCAGAGACCUAUCAAAGCAUCAUUCCGCAGUAUGAAGAGAGCUGGUGGACGGAGUCGACGUCAGCAAGGGGCACGUACAAGUUGGAGAUUCCUACAGACAAGUUCCUUGAGGAGGGACAGAAGAUCGUCAUCGGAUCCAAAGACUUACAGUCUCCUGGACAAACUCAUCGGGAUGCAGGGGACGCGGCCUCCGGGAAAAGCAUCUGCAUUGUGGACGUGACAAUCCCGGCCAACACAAGUGGAACUCCAGAUGUGAUCAUCCCUUCUCCACUGCGCAUGACAGUUUCUGCUGUUGUGGUUUUGGGUGUCGCCUUUCUCUUCCUGAAUUAGGAAGUUAGGCCUCAGGGCAAACCUGUAUCCGGGUUUGAGAGUGAAGGACGACACACAGACGCUGCACGACCCGGACUGAAUGUCCUUUUGCGUCACUUCAAGAGAAG